UCGUCACCGCCUUCGCCGCUACUGCCGCCGCCGCCGCUAUAACCUCGGACUACUCUAUUCGACCGGCGUCCGCGCGGUGCAUUCGAAGUUUCACGCCCGACAUAGCAACAUGUUGCCCGUCCCGUUGUCAGCGUCGCGAGCGUGCACCGCCGCCGCUCUGCUGUUGAUGCUGCUGCAGACGUUCGUCGUCGUGAACCGGUCCGCGGCCGCGGCCGUCGACGUCACCACCACCACUAUUACGGCCACCACGGUCGUUGCCACUGACACCCAAGAUAUCACCGACCCCGGGGAUACCAACGACAACGGGCUGCCGGCCGUCGUCACUGCACCACCGCCGCCGCAGAAGCCACAGGUUCCGGCAAAAAAUGAAGACAUUUACAGUUUUAUCAUUCAUUCGAAAAUCAAGUACAGAUAUGCUCAGACCGUUGUAUCGAGUCGCGUGGCUAACAAAGGAAAUACUUCCCACGAAGUACAAUUCUAUGUAACUCUACCAGAAUCUGCGUUUGUUUCCAAGUUUUUAAUGGAAAUAAACGAAAAAGUAUUCGAAGCUUAUGUAAAAGAAAAAAAAGAAGCUAAAGAAGAAUAUAUUGCAGCUGUUAAUUCAGGCCAAACCGCUGCUCAUGUUGAACAAAAUGCAAGAGAUUCAAAUAAAUUUACGGUUUCGGUAAAUAUAGAAGCAGAAAGUAAAGUGACAUUUAAUCUGACAUAUGAACAAUUAUUAACAAGAAAAUUAGGAGUAUAUGAAAAUGUCAUAAACGUGCAACCAGGACAAGUUGUAAAGAAUUUACAAAUCAUUGUUGAUAUAGAAGAGUCUUCAAACAUUACAACUUUAGAAAUUCCAGAAAUAAAAACAGUAAAUGAAAUUGAAACAAAAACUAGUGAAAACAAAUUGGCACAAAUUUCUCGCGAAUCAGGCAAUAAAGCAAAGAUAACAUGGAGUCCUUCUGUUAAAGAGCAAUUAACUUUUACGGAAUACGGUGUCAAGGGUCAAUUUAUAGUUCAAUAUGAUGUAGAUCAUAAAUCUACACCAAAUCAAGUUCUCAUCGAUGAUGGAUAUUUUGUACAUUUCUUUGCGCCGACAGACUUGAAACCACUUAGGACCCAUGUUAUUUUUGUACUCGAUGUCAGUGGUUCUAUGGUUGGGCUGAAAUUACCACAAGUUAAAGAUGCCAUGAGUCAAAUUUUAUCUGAAAUUCAUGCCGACGAUUUUUUCACGUUGAUUCUUUUUUCCGAUUUUGCCCAAGUUUGGACGAUAAACGCAACCCAACAGACGUCGACUCGUUGGGACGAAAUCAGCGGCAGCACCAAAGCCAAUAAUUUUAGUCUAGAAGCAUCGUCAGAAAAUCGAUUCGUCUUUCCAGCCACUGAACAAAACAUACAAUUCGCAAAGAAGUUCAUUGAAGAUCUGUCAUCAGAAAGCAGUACAAACAUGGAAGACGCCUUGAACAAAGCGCACGCCAUAGCCAAAUUAGGCGAAAUACGUUUCAAAGAGGGUUCGAAUACGCCUAAACCGAUUAUUGUAUUCUUGACGGACGGAGAACCGACCGCUGGGAUAACUGAGCCACAAGAACUGAUCAGAUACGUGUCCAACACAAACAAAGAAAAAUACCCAAUAUUUAGUUUGGGUUUUGGCGAAGGAGCGGAUAUGGAUUUUCUUAAAAAACUUUCGCUAAACAACACUGGUUUCGCAAGGGUAAUUUAUGAGGCUUCUGACGCGACAUUACAACUUCGUAAUUUUUACAAGGAAAUUUCGUCCCCCGUCUUAUCCAACGUCACGUUUAAAUACGUCGACGCUCAAGUAGACAAUGAUACGGUUACGAAGCAGUCAUUUAGUUUGUUGUUUAGAGGCACGGAACUGAUUGUUGCUGGAAAAUUGAGGAAUCUCGAAAAGUCUGAUUUUAACAGCACAUUAAACGCCGAUUCCACUGAAGGAGAUUUCAUAGAACCAACUAUUGUCACAUGCUUUGAUCACCCAAUCCUUCCUCCUGUCGUUGCUACAGAAAAAAAAACCAUAGGUCAUUUAGAAAAAUUAUGGGCUUAUUUGAACAUACAGCAAUUAAUGGAUAAAUACGAAUUAAACAAAAACGAAAAAUCUACUGCAAAAGCUAAAGCACUUGAGCUAGCAUUAAAAUAUUCAUUUGUUACUCCACUCACAUCUCUAGUUGUUGUUAAACCUAAUGAUACAACAACAUCUGCAGACCCUGAAAAAAUCAAACCGCUUAAUGAUAAAUAUAAUUUUGGUUCUUUAAUGGCCAGCAAUCCAGCAUAUAAUUCAGUACCUCCAUCUCUUUCAAAUGGAUUAAAAGGAUUCCCAGGAGGUAUGUCAGCAAUAUCCUUGAAAAGGUUUUCAAGUCAUUCCCCAUUAAUUUCCAGUGGCUAUGCUUUACAAAUGUCAUCAAGGCCAGCCUAUGGCUAUUCUCCAGAAGAUGUAGAAUAUUCAGCAUCUGAAAUUAUGGAUAUGACGUCAUCAAUAUCACCAACCUCAGUUGUAGAUUCUCCUGCGCAGCCAUUAGAUAAUUCAAAUUCAACACUGUUACAUAAUAUCAGUAAUAUAGCAUGGUUGAAUAUAUCUAAUGAAACUCAGACAUCAAUUACAUUGAAUGAAACCAUUACGCCCUACCAAGUAUUAUUUAAUACCAGUGGUCAACCUUAUCAAAAUUGUACUACACCUAACAAUGAACUUGGCAAAUGUAAACAUUUAAAAGACUGUGUUGUGACUACAAUCUUGAAUUCAAUAAAUGACUAUAUUCCUUUAUUUUGUCCGAUAGAAAAAAUUUAUGCGGGCAUUUGCUGUUUAGUGUGAAUAUUCAUACAAAUACAGGAAUCUGAAAAUUAAUUAAUAUUUUAAA